AUUUCAACGAAGGACCACUUCCGGUUCCGGUGCUUUUUGUCAAUACAAGCUCCACACGUGAAUUUUGGUGAACAAAAUGCCGAAGUCUCAAAGAGGCAAAGGGGCAGACAAAGUUGUUCAUCCGUACAGCAGAAAAGCUGCUUAUCUGAACCGGGAAGAGGUCAGACUGAAGAGAAAGGAGAGGAUGAAAAAUGAAAAAGCAACACGUCUGAGCCACAUAGGUGAGAAACUGACGUGGUUUCAGAGUCAGUUGGAUCCGAACAAGACGUGUUACACUAAGAAAGAUGCUUGUGAGAUUAUUGAAAGGUACCUCCACAGAUUUGAUUCAGAACUUGAGCAGAUCGAGUUGGUGAAUGGGAUCAAGGGUCGACAGGGUCGUCUCCAUGGUGCCAGAGAAGCGAUAAUUAAGCAGACUGUAGAGCGAGAGCGAGCACUGUUUGAUGGUGUUGGUAUAGAAAUUCCAGACAUCAUCAACACAAAGCAACUGAAAAUGUUCAGAGAAUGGACCGGAGAUCUGAGGAAACUUCCAAAUAUUAAAAUGCGUAAAAUAUCAAAUAAAGCUUUGGACACAAAGACAGAAGAAAAAGAGGAGUCGGAGCAUGAGGGUGAUGAAGAAAAUGAACAUGAUCAUUUGGACGAUGAGCUCAACGACCCGGAGGAGAUGUCAGAGUCCCACUAACACUCACCUCAUUCAGUCUGUGGCUGCAUCACAGCUUCUGUAGAACUUCUACGCCAUGUGUGGAGAGGCUGCUGUUCCACAAGCGUCCAGCAGACAGUGCUAGAUAUAAAAUUAAACCAUACCAACCUUGUAUGUCUCAUA